AUGCUUGAAGCGGUUGCUUCAUAUGAUUUGUGGAUCUGGCAUGCCUACUUUGGUCCUGCUGGUUCGAACAGCGACAUCAACGAGUCAGAGUUGUUCGACGAUUUGCUACAAGACAGGGCUCCUAAAGUAGAGUUUUCGGUUAAUGGGGAGCAGUUUACAAAGGGAUAUUACCUAGCAGAUGGUAUUUAUCCAGAAUGGGCUACUCUUGUUAUGUCAUUCAAGUGCCCGAUGGAGCCGAAAACCACCAAGUUCAAAAGAUACCAAGAAGCUGCAAGAAAGGAUGUCGAGCGUGCAUUUGGGGUUCUUCAAGGUCGUUGGAAGAUUAUUGCACGUCCUGCGCGGCCAUACAGUACCAACAAAAUUAAACGGAUCAUGUUAUGUUGUGUGAUUCUGCACAAUAUGAUCGUUGAAGAUAACGGGCGUGCAAUUACAGAGUUUGAAGAAGAGUUGAUAGCUAAUACUACACUCCCAACCCGUACAUGGACUGAAAGGUGUUCAACGCAGCUUCGUAUGUACGGGGAGCUGCGCGAUAGAACGGCUCACCAUCAACUCCGCAAUGCUCUAAUCGAACAUGUUUGGAACCUCCCGGAACACGGCCGUCAACGUUGA